UGACGUAUUGUCCGGUCAUGUACUUCCGUUUUGCACAUGUGUUUACUGAAACUGUGGCUAGGUUUGUUCUGACAAUAUCAGCAGCAGCGUUUGUACUCGCCGGUUGAGCCAUGGGCAAGCUGAACGUCGUGGUGUUGCGAUACUUGUCUCCAGAUGAUUUCCGAGUCCUCACUGCGGUUGAGAUGGGGAUGAAGAACCAUGAGAUUGUUCCAGUGAGUCUUCUGUCCUCUAUUGCCAGCUUGAAACACGGCGGCUGCAACAAGAUCCUCGGGGAGCUCAUCAAACACAAACUCGUCUCCUACGAACGCACCAAGACCGUGCAGGGUUACAAGUUGAACUACGGAGGAUAUGACUACCUAGCCCUGAAGACCUUGUGCUCGAGAGAAGUGGUAUUUUCGGUUGGCAACCAGAUGGGAGUGGGUAAAGAGUCAGAUAUAUAUAUUGUGGCAAGUCCAAAUGGGGAGCAAUACGCUCUGAAGCUUCACAGAUUGGGUAGAACAUCCUUCAGAAACCUAAAGAACAAGAGAGACUACCACAAACACAGAAAGAGCACUUCCUGGCUCUACCUCUCUCGGCUGUCAGCCAUGAAGGAGUUUGCUUACAUGAAGGCGUUAUAUGAUCGAGGUUUUCCUGUUCCCAAACCUGUGGAUUAUAACAGACAUGCUGUAGUGAUGGAGCUCAUCAACGGAGAUCCUCUGUGCCAGGUGCGUGAGCUGCAGGAUCCUGCAGCAUUGUACAAUGAGUUCAUGGAGCUCAUUGUCAAACUGGCCAAUCACGGCCUGAUUCAUGGAGACUUCAAUGAGUUUAACCUCAUGUUGGAUGACCAGGACCACAUAACUUUGAUUGACUUCCCUCAAAUGGUGUCUACCUCUCACCCUAAUGCUGAAUGGUAUUUUGAUCGAGAUGUCAAAUGCAUCAGAGAUUUCUUCGCUAAACGAUUCAAUUAUGAGAGUGAGCUUUUUCCAACCUUCAAAGACGUUAGGCGCUCUUAUUCUCUAGACGUUGAAGUCUCAGCUAGCGGCUUUACCAAAGAACUGGAGAGGGAUGGUGCAUUGCUACACCCAGCUGGACCUGAGGAGGAGGAUGAUGAUGAUGAUGAUGAAGAGGCGGCAACAGACGAGGAAGGUGAAAGAGAAGAGACGGUUGACAUGGAAGAAUAUAAACAUGCAAUUCUAGAACUGGAGGGUCUGAAAGUCAGCGACAGGCAUGCAAGUGUUCAAGCUGAGGAAGAUGAUGUGGAGGAUAAUGAGAAAGGACACAAGGACGCUGAGGAAGAACUCCCAUCUAAACGUGAUGGAGACGCUGAGAAGGACACAGAGGAGGAGCUUAAGGAAGCAGAAGAUGACUGUCCAGAACUUGCUGACCUUUCUGGUUCCAAUAAGGAAUUCAAACCCUUCAGAGACUCUGAUAGUCUUCUACACAUGGCUGAACACAUGAGGAGGAGGAGGACAGACAGUGAGGGCACAGUGGGCAGUGUAGGGAGCUGCUCUACGAUCCCACCCGAGGUAGUCCGUCAGAAAGUGCGCCGGCAGCUCACUAAACAGCAGAAGGCAGCACAGCGGAGACGUCUGCAGAAGGGAGAGGCUAACUUGGUGACCAAAUCCAGGCGGGAGAACCAAAACAACAUCAAAUCCAGCAUGGAGAGCGUCAGCUUCUGGGGAUGAAUUGGACUGUAGUGCUUCAUUUAUGCUGUUUUGUGGAAGGUUGUAACAACAUGUUUCAACAAAAGCUCAACUUCUCUCACUGUCAUGGAUAAAUCAGAGAGACAGAGCUGAAGCUACACUGAGGUGAGGAAGACCUCAUUGUAACAGGUUGUUCUAUGAAGAUGGACUGAAUCCUAAUUUCUUUACAGUAUCAUGUAAAUAUGGAUUAUUAAAUAAAAUUAACUUUGUGACUGAU